AUGCUGUCGCUGGCGUUGGCAGUCUGUUUAUGUCUCAAUGUAGAUGCUGGAGAUGUACACUUUGAAGGAGAGAAGUACUUCAAGUCUGUCACACAAUUGACCUUUGGAGGAGCUAAUGCCGAGGCUUACUUUAGGUAACUAAUCAUUACUUUUCUAACUUUACUGUCACAAUAUAUGGUGAAAACGCUUUUGUUUACUGUAACCACUAUCAUGUUUCAGUUUUGACAACAAAAAGCUGACAUACCAAGCUAUGGGAUCGCAAUAUGGAGUGGGGUGUGACCAGGUAAUGUCAUAAGUAAUGUUUUAUAGUAAAAUACCAUAAAUAAUUUUAACAGUAAAAUAACUUUGCUUUGAUUUUGAAGUAUAUUUAAGUGAAUUUUACAGUAUGCUUUAAGAUAUACCAGAUAGACCUGGAACAUCUCGAUGUGACUCCAAAGAGAAUGUCAUCUGGAAAUGGAGUCUGUACAUGUUCGUACUUCCUGAAAGAUAACAAACACAUUGUCUACGCAUCUACGUUUCUAAAGGUAAAACUUUCUCUUAUUUUUAAAACACAAAAAUAGUAUAAUUGGCAACUUCAUGAUCUAUAUUACAAUUAAUGUAACCAUGUUGUAGGCUAACUCAACAUACGAAAACACCUGUCCCAUCAAACAAUGUAGCCCUGCCAAUCCAGAAAACAGUCCAGGAACAGAACUGGGAGACCUGUGUAAGAGGAAAGACGGCUACUUCUGGGACAUCUUCCCCGACUACGACAUCUUUCUGGCCAAUGAAUAUGGCCAGAUCGUGGCUCAGCUGACAGACGAGGAGGGGUACGAUGCUGAGGCUGUUGUAUCUCCUGAUGGUAACACUAUAUUGUACACGAGCAUGCAAACUGGAGACCUUGAGUUGUUCAUGAUGGAUGUGAAUGGAUCCAAUAAGGAACAAGUAAAGGCCAAUGUCAUUAACAUAUUACGUUAAUGGCAUAUGUAUUUAUUCUAAGUUGAAAAACAUUAUAAUUUUUUAUUAUAUAAACAUAUCUGUUAUUAAAUCAACUCUAAUUCAGAUCACGAACACUCUAGGCUACGAUGGUGGAGCCUUCUUCAGUCCGAACGGCAAGAAGAUCGUUUACCGUGCCUCUCGACCUCAAACUGCAGAAGAGAUAUCUCACUACAAACUGCUACUCAAACAUAACAUGGUAGAGCCUCUCGACAUGGAGAUCUUCGUAUACGACAUUGAAAGUGGCAAUCACACUCAAGUCACAAACCUGACUGGAGCCAAUUGGGCACCGUACUAUCUCUCUGACAAUAGAAGGAUCAUCUUCAGCUCGAACCACGAGAAUACUGGAGCAUUCGACGGCUUCUCCUUAUACAUCACCAACGACGAUGGCACCGGAUUGGAAAAGGUAUACCUACUUUAUUUUUUAUUGUUUUUCCAGUCAUUUGAAGUUUGUGUCAUCAAAAUGUGAUACAGAAAAAUAAUAAUGUAUGUAUACUAUACUUUUUAAUAUUUAGGUAACACAUGCUGACCAAUACUUUGACUCAUUCCCAAUGCAGAGUUAUGAUGGAAAGUACCUCGCCUUUGGAAGUUCGAGGAACGGGUCUAGCAAAUACGAUAUCAACAUAUUCUUGGCCGAAUGGGUCGAUAACGUUAAUAAUGCAGCACCUACCUUAACCUUGGGUUACCUGUCCUUAAUGAUUUCGUAUUUACUGUUAUCAUAA